GUGAGUACUCGCACAUCCCGUCAUGCGAUCCACGGCGCGGUGAGGUGCGGGUGCUAUCAGUCGCCAUCUUAGCGACCGCGAUCGGUUUAUUCUUCGUGUCCUCUGAGGACCAGUCGAGGUUCUCGUCGUAUGUUCGGCGCGACUGUGCGCAGCGUCGUCACGGUAGGCAGCUAGCCCCCCCCCCCCGUCGUCGAUAGUCAGCUCGGUGCACCGGGAAGCGAGCGGGGCUUGCCAACGGUGGUGGCAGCGGCGACGAUUUGCCGGUGCACGAACGGCCGGCGGCGCGGUGCGACGGCGACGGGAGAGCGGGCCAUCGGCGGCGGCGGCGGUGGCGGCGGUAGUGGUGGUGGAGGUGGCGGCAGCGAAGCAGCAGCGCGUCGAAGGUGGGCGGCGGUACGACGCGUCGAGCAUUCCUCGUUCCUCUCCUGUCCCCGACCCCGGCUUUAAAGCCCAGUUACAGCUCCGGUUCUAGGUUCCUGCUCUAACUCCGGCUCUAGCUUCCCCGGUACCCGAUCGCUGCUUGCUUCGUCCCGCGCGAGCAGAAACUCCGCGAGAAUCCGUGACGUGUAGCUGUAGCGCGUGACAAUUCGCGGCUGUGCUGCGUGAAGUGCAGAAACUCGAAGGCUUCCGUCGAGCCCCAAAAUUCGGAAGCGGGAUAAAACGCACGAAGGAAAGAGAGACGUAAAGAAAGGACGUUUCCUCGUGGUAGCUAAAUCGACGAUCGUCUUCGGGGGAAUAGGAAGAUGAGCUGCCAACGUAACGCCGGCAAGAUCACGGUGCCGGACGACCUGCGCGAUGUCCUGCUGGAGUUCACAAUCAGCUACCUGCUGGAGCAGCCCGGCGACAUCAUCGACUACGCUGUGGAUUUCUUUACGCGGCUACGUGACGCACGGCGUACGCAGCUUAUCCAUACGGACGGUAAUCAGACCUGUUCGUCCACGCCGGAUGAGUCUGUCGAUGAAGAGCCACCAGUCGGCCGAUUUGCUUCCAGAAGGAAGAGCGUUUUCGCGGAGACUUACAAUCCCGAGGAUGACGAGGAGGAUGACGGCUUCAAGAUGGUCCAUCCAAAGAGCGACGAGCAGCGACAAAGGCUCAGUGAAAGCGUUAAGAACAUACUCCUGUUUCGCGCUCUAGACGAGGAACAAAUGGCGGACGUACUGGACGCAAUGUUCGAAAAAAUCGUUCAACCGGGAGAAUUUAUUAUCCGGCAGGGCGACGAUGGUGACAACUUUUAUGUGAUCGAGAGAGGAAAGUUCGAGGUGUACGUCAAAGAUCUCGUUACAGCAACAGAGAAUCAUAUUCACACUUACGAUAAUCGUGGUGCUUUCGGAGAAUUGGCUCUUCUGUACAAUAUGCCUAGAGCAGCCACUGUCAAAGCUAUUACGUCUGGCACCCUCUGGGCCAUGGAUAGGCAAACUUUCCGACGUAUUCUUCUUAAAUCUGCGUACAAAAAGCGUAAAAUGUAUGAGAAUCUUAUUAAUAAAGUGCCGAUGUUAAAAUCUCUGGAGCCUUACGAGCGGAUGAAUUUAGCGGAUGCCCUUGUACCGAAACAAUAUUCCGAUGGCGAGCAAAUAAUCAGGCAGGGCGACACCGCAGAUGGAAUGUAUUUCGUCGAGGAUGGCUUAGUCAGAAUCACUAGACUCGGCGAACAUGGUCGUGAAAUUGAGAUUAAUCGUGUUCCGGCUGGCGGUUAUUUAGGCGAGCUGGCACUCGUGACGCAUAAACCACGCGCCGCUUCGGCCUACGCUGUGGGAGACAUCAAACUGGCAUUUUUGGACGUUGAAGCUUUCGAACGUUUACUUGGCCCGUGUAUGGAACUUAUGAAACGUAAUAUCGACGAUUACGAAGAACAACUAGUCAAAAUUUUUGGCAGCAAAACCAACAUCUCUGACAUUCGAUGAACUGUUUCUGGGCAGAGCCACGUCGCCAUACUGUUGUACUAAAGGACGCGACACUUUCGUACAGCAUAUAAUAUAUAACAAGCACAAAAGAACUUGUACCACCUAUUUCUGAAUCUCAUCCCGCAUGUUUCGGGUAUCAUUUCGGAGUCAACUAUUUCGUAUGACUGUUCACCUAGACGUAUACCGAUUAAGAUUCGUCGAUAAUAGUUACCAAGUUUAUACCUACGACACACAUUGAACAAAGCUGUAGGCUGCUCGAUUAUAUGCGCGUGUUUAACGUAGCAACACGGUAUUAAUGACUAUUCUCUAAGACUGUAUUGGAUCAAAAAGAGAGUAUUAGUGCAUUUUGUUAUGCUCGAUCGUUUGCGAAAUAAAUAUCUUUAUUUAUUAUUGCCCCCAGUGAAAGACCGCAAAAUAACAUUUUGAGGUUUAGGACAUACAAGCAUUAUUAUAGUAUUUAACUUAUUCCCGGAAUGAUUCAAGUUUAUCUCAGUGUAUUUUCAAUCUAUGCUCACAUACAUAAUUCGUGCAUUAUCCAUUUUUUAACAGAUCAGCGGCUACAUUUAUAAGACAUAGGAGUCUAAAAUAUUCGAAAUCGAAUGCUCUUCUAACGCUACUCUCUGGCAAAAAAAAAAUAGAUUACAAAAGAAAUGAACCACACAUUAAUAUUUGAAUAUUGACAUGAAUCUUUUGCAAGAUUUCUAUGAAAUACUUAUAUAUAUAUGCAUAUCACUCUUGGAGAUAAUGAAAGUAACAUUGCCAUUUUUAAUGAAUGCAAACAGAAUUGUACAAUAUUCUUUGAUACAUCCAUUUAACAAUGUAAUAUCUUGAUAAAAUAUCAACUCAGACAAUCAAGAUUUUGUCUAUGAUUCGCGACAAUCAUAUAAAUAUGCAUUUCGCGAAUAAAUAUGCACAUACACAUACACAAAUAUGCAUCAUACGCACAUAGUGGAAAUAAUUUUUUAGUUUAUAAUAUUAUUUUAAAUUAUUUACGAUUAAGUUAGUAUAUUACACACGUAGUAGAUUUUUUUAAAAAGUAAUUAUUUUCUAAUAAAAGUAAAUUUUGAAAAGAAUUGUAUAUACUUCUUUCUUAAUAGAAAUUGAUAAAUGCCAGAGUCAUAUAUAAAUGCAUUCUAUUUCGGAUAUAGAGUACUCUCAAAAGAUGCAUAGAAAGUCCGGAUCUAAAGGAGCCUUAAAAUUGACUUAAAUGUGCGGAUAUAAUGAUGCAAAAUAAAUGUGUACAUUGCGCGUGUACAUGUACAAAGUAAUUUAAAAGAAAAUAUAUAUAGCAACUUACAUAUAAAUGUUAAAUGAAAAGAAAGGGACAUAACAUUUUCUAAUUACUUUGUACUUGCAUGUAUCAGAUUAGAUGAAUUUUAGCAUAAAAAGAUAACCGCGUGUUUAAGCCAACGUUAAAUUCAAGUGUGUCUUGCUGAUAAAUAAUGGUAAUCUGAGGAUUGAUUACGAGAAUCCGUCAACUUAUUUUUAUUACAUGUGUACAAGACGCGUUAUAUAUAUGACGAUAUACAUCUAUCAUGGUGAUAAAAGUCCAGUCGAAAAUCGAUUCAAUUAUAGUAUGGACAAGUGCGAAUGCUAGUCACUUUUUAUGACCGUUUUUGUCACGCUCUCUUCUGACAAUUAUAUCGGUUGAAAAAAGUAAAGAUACUUUUUAUUAUAGUAAGCCGUGUAUUUACAUGACUGAAUCUCGCGAUGAAGCGGCAGGACUUUUUAAAUAAUAUCACAAUCAUGUGAGGGAGAAAAGGGAGACUAGUAUGAAAGUAAAACAAAGUGAGGAUAGCAUAGGAAUUGUUAAUCAAUUAUUUAUAUAGGAGUUUUAUCAAUUAUUCUUCACUUAUGACACUGACACCUUGUAUCACCUUAAUUUUUUUUUCCGUGCACGGCUUAUUCUUUUAUUAAUCAAGCUUAAUCAAAUCUCGUGGAAUUUUUCAAGUGAAUAGUUAAAUUGAUUCAAUGGAUAUCUCAACACGCAAUCUGAAAAUAAUUCAUACUUUAGAACAUUAAUAAUUGAAAAACAGUUUGUUUGAAAUAUAAUAUCUUUAGUCUUCCACUGAAUCUCCAGGCUGUGAUAUUAUUUUCGACUGAGUAUUUCAUUCCUUUCUUGUAGUCUCUUACAAGAAAAAUAAAAGAAUAUCAUAAUCAUUAUCGAAUUCGCGAGGCAUCAAACUGAAUUUAUUUUAAAUGAUUCAACCAACGUAUCUCUAUAUGUGAAACAGAAAUUUUAAUGGAUUAACAAAAGUGACUCGACUGUUGGACACGAGAAACUCUACACGCAAAAGAAAAAAAAAGAAAAAACAAAAAAAGAGCUAAUUCGCAUACUGAGUAAACUCAAUACGCAUAAGUACUUACUUGUGUUAGAUUACAUUCGCUAAAUUAAGUGUGAAGUAUUGAAGUUAGAAUCUGUCCAAUUCGCAUUGCUGUAUGUAUCUAUCAUGAGAUUUAUCUAUGUUGCGUGUGUCGUUUAUGUAUGAGCGUGAAUGUGCUUGCAUGUGUAUAUAUGAUGAUCGAGCCAGUAAUUAAUUAAUUUAUGUUGUUACUAUUAAUAGUUGCUAUUAAUAGUUUACACUCUCCAAUAGUUGUAUAAUUCAUGUUAUCGUCAUUAAAGGCAAUAUAUCGAAAUAUGUCCUACGGAUAAAUAUUGUAACAGUAGUAUGCCUUAUUGUGCCACUGGAUCUUCGUCUUUCUGCUUUCAAAGGAAGAAAGAUUUGUGAAAAAUCGAAGAUACAGAUUUUGUUGUAUAUCCGCAAUCUACACUGCUGGAUAAAACGAUUAGACACUUUAGUAAAUUUUCAUAAAUGCCUUUGUAAGUCAAUAACGUUAGCGAGUUAAGAGUUUACUAUUUCGCAUGGGC